UAGUUUUUUAUGGGAUAUCCAAUUUCUUUGGAAAACAUGAGAUUUAUAAUACCAUGAUUAAAUUAUUGUAGUUUUUUAUUAAUUGUGUGCAAAGAGAAAUUAUUUGAACUUAAUAUUUAUGGUCGAACAAUCAUUGUGAAUUUUAUCCACUUAAAUAAAAUCCAUAAUAAUUUUCUUGGCGGCAGAAGUUUGGGAAUGAGAAGGAAAUAAACAAGGCCCAUUGCUCGUUCAUUCGUACUGUUUGUUUUUAUCCAUUCAUCUUCUUCAUUUCUCCGCUUCCGUUCGCUCCUUAAUCUCACCAACCAAAAACCCUAUCCAACAUUCAAUUCCAUUAACCAGAAGGAACUAGAAGGGGCUAAUAUGUCGAAGAAAGUAGGCGCGCCGGCGCCGUUGCAGAAGGACGCGCCAUGGCGGGUCACAACCACCAAACCCAUUCCCAGAAUCCACCACACCCCUGUUCUCCGCGUCUCCCACAACCCCUACUCCGACUACGCCAUUUCCAUCAUGAAGCAUCCUAAUCCAAUUGGAAGCGGGUUGGCCGAUGAUGCGAUAGUGGAAGCUGCCGGCCCUGAUUGCAUAGUUCCCGGUCAAGUUACCCCCGUCCGAUUGCUUGGCGUUAAGGUGUGGCCUAUUGAAGUUGACUUGAAAUUCCUGGAACCAGUUGGACGGGAACUCAAGUUGCUUGGCAAGUUCAUGGAUAAUGCUGUCGAUCUGAUGAAUAAAUCUUUCAUCGACCGCUAGUGGCACCGGGGGGAAGUAGUCAUUUGUGCAACAAGCUGCAGUUUUGAUUCAUUCCAACAGAAGAAGUGGGAUAAAGCAGAGAGCUUCCAUAGAUGAAGAUGUAAACUUGUGAUGUACCCUCGUUCCUUCCUAGUCCUAGUUAUUAUAACCUUAUAGCAAGAGUUACAAAUUGCUCAAUGUCACCAGAAAUGGGCAGGAAUUAUUUUACCCAAUAAAUACAGUAUCAUGCCAUGUUUAAGGCACCAAUUUAGAGAACUUAUUUACUCAUCUUGUAAUGAUAGAUCCUCCUUCCUUUUAAUCAAUGCACCUUUACUCUAAGCCUCAUUACUCCUUUUGAUCUUCUUGAUCACAAGCUACAUAACCAAGGUAGCCUUUGUGUAUUCUACCAGGUUUUCGGCCAUUGUAUCGAAAUUCAGGAUGAUGGGGUUGAGAUGUGUCAAAUGUUCGGUCACCAACUUCACACUUGCAGAGUGCCUUCAGUGUUUGUUUAUUCUGCAAAUCAAGAAGAAAAGCUAGGAGAAGAUCUUAAGAGAGAGAUCCAUUUGCAGCUACCUUCCAAAACCCUCAUCUCAAUCCCAUUCCUCUUUUGCUCAUUAAACAAAAAGCUUCUCU